AUUGGUUAAUGCUCAAUGCAGUGCACGCCUGCGUAGUUUUCGGAAGCUGUGAAAAAAAUGGCUUUUGGGGAAUAGUGUUGUUUGAGUGUUGUGGUAGAUUUUUAAAAUUAUCGAAAUAACACGUUCCAAAAAAAAGAAAAAAUUGUGGAGACACUUUAGGAUAAAAUGAGUAAAUAUAUGUACUCCACUGCGAACUUAACAGACAAGGAGUUAAAGGACCAGGGAAACAGACUUUUCACGUUAAGGAAAUACGAGGAUGCAGUAAAUUGUUACACGAAAGCCAUCAUAAAAAAUCCAAAUGUGCCAACUUACUUCACAAACAGAGCACUAUGCCACCUGAAGACAAAAAGGUGGGAGGAAGCGUGCCAGGACUGCCGAAGAGCGCUUGACAUGGAUCCAAAUUUAGUCAAAGGACAUUUUUUUCUGGGGCAAGCUUUAUUAGAAAUGGAUAAUUAUGAUGAAGCAAUAAAACAUUUACAGAGAGCAAAUGAUCUAGCUAAGGAACAGAAAUUAAAUUUUGGUGAUGACAUUGCAAGUCAGCUAAGGGCAGCCCGGAAAAAGAGGUGGAAUGUACAAGAAGAAAAACGAAUUGCACAAGAGAUAGAACUACAGUCUUACUUGAACAGAUUGAUAAGGGAGGACACCGAGCGGCAGAUAGAAAAACUGCGUGAAGAAAGUGGUGGAAAUGAAGAACUUGUCCAGGACAAAGUGAUGGAGCUGGAGCAACAGUGUGACAACAAUACAAGUGAACUAAAUGCUAUAUUUGCCAAAGUAGAUGAAAGGAGAAGAAAGCGGGAUGUUCCAGAUUAUCUGUGUGGAAAAAUAAGCUUUGAGAUCCUUCGUGAACCAGUAAUUACUCCUAGUGGUAUAACUUAUGAGAGGAAGGAUAUAGAAGAACAUUUGCAGAGAGUUGGCCAUUUUGACCCAGUUACAAGGGUAAAAUUGACCCAAGACCAGCUGAUCCCAAAUUUUGCCAUGAAAGAAGUUGUUGAUGGAUUUUUGCAAGAAAAUGAAUGGGCUCUGGACUACUGAGGAUUCAACAGAGUAUUAAGAAGACUGUUCGUCACACACAGACGUAUAAGUAUGUGGACAUUGUCCACUAAUUUGAGCCUGGUAAGGACCUGUAAAUAAGGGGGGAUGACAGAUAGGUAACAAAUUUUGUAUUUACUUUUAAAAAUUGUCCUGUAUACUUGAGAAUCGUUCCUUGUUUUAUUCAGAAUCUGGCCUUACAUUUAGCAAAGGUGUAAGCAGAAGGUAUGACGCGUAUCCCAACAGUGACCUGUCUUUGUGAUUUUUCGUGUGUCUGUGUGCAAAGCUGAUGUGCACUCCUAUGAAACCAUCAUUUUCACAUGAAAAUUUUUAUAUAAAUAAACCAAUUUUAUAGCUGUGUAAUUGAAUCUACAAUGACAGUGAAAACUCAAGAUAUGCUAUUCCACUUCAGGAGAGGCUUGUUAAUUAGAUUCAUUCAGAGCUUUUGGCAUCAAAGAGCAUUAUGUAUUGUUCUUUUGGAGGAACUGUGUAAGAACAGUUGGACAUUAAAUUGUCUGUUUCUUCGAAAAGGAUGACAUUUUAUGAAUAUAUGUAAAAUUCAUAACAGGUUCCUUCUUUGUGCAUAUUGGUGAUCACAAGAAACAAUUAAGAAUAAAAAUAUACAGUUUAGUAACUUGAAAUGCUAUCAUUAUCAAGCUGUACUUGAUAUGACUGCUUAUGACAAACUGUGUUAUAUGCCUUAUUCUCAAGCUCAAUUGUCAGGUGAUUGCUACUGUUGCUGUUGAUGUGAUAAGAUGAUAAGUGUAUUGACAGUCCAAGAUCAGUACAGUCAUUUGUGUUGCAUACUGAAAUAAUAAUGUUGUGAAAGAAUGGAAAGUCCAAAAUGAGAUAACAAUAUGAAUAGGAUAUACUCACUACACAGGGGAGGCAUUGAGUGAUAUAUGGGCACAUUUAAAAGUAGUCUGUUGGAAAAUGCUAGCUUCCAGACGAAGUCAUCAGGUGGGGGACACGCGCGCGCGCUCACACACACACACACACACACACACACACACACACACACACACACACACACUAGUGCCUGGAGAUGACAGUGGCCGUGUGUGUGUGUGUGGGGGGCGGG